AUGAAGGCCAUUCACGCCGCCACCACUUAUUUAGCAAUUCUUGCUCAUCAAACAACAGCACGCCGCUUGAACUGGUCCGGAGAACCGCUUAAAGCACCCAACUCUAUCUUUGUCACCUGGGAAACUGCCCAUAGUACUGGCGAUCAGAUUAUCUUCGCGGCUGACAGCGAGGGAAAGUCUCUUCUGACCUAUGCCUGCGACGACAAGAUAACCCUAAACGGCGUUUCUAUCCAAGUCUCGGCUGACGAAGCGGGUAAUGGAGAUAUCACCGUUGGAGACACACGUUACCCUCUUGAAUUUGAGAUUGCCAGGUCUGGUGGAGUCGUCUGUGAAGCUCGGUGGAACGCUGAUAUAACCGCCGUCGAAUGUGAGAUCCCGUGGACUGCUGGUCGAAUUGAUCUGCUCGGAAGUCUUCCAUACAAUAUCACGGCCGAGUGUCUUGGUCGUGCUGCUGAAGAUGACCUCGCCAUGGUCGGUGUCGUGUCCGAGGAGGAGAUGCAGGUAUUUGCUGGCGUUAUUGAAGAAGAGGAAACACAGCCAUUGGACCCUAAACAGCUGCAGUCCCGUCAAUGCUGGGACCAAGCCCCCGUUGUCCGUAAGAAGGGCAACGGAAAUCCGAAGAAGUGGAGGCUCCACAAGCAGAUCACGAACCGCAUCAACUGCGGAAAAGGCGACUGCGAAAUGAGUGCUGGCAAAGAAUGGUCCGUCACUCACUCAGCCAGCUUUUCUCUCGAGGGCCUAGGAAAAGCAAGCUGGAUCAGCGGCGGCUACUCUGUAGCGUGGACAAGAGGAAACUCUCAGACAGCCACCUGCGCUGGUACGAAAGGCCAGACAAUCUGCGUCGCGCACUGGCAUGACCACCAGGAGUAUACCGUGGAGAGGGAGCGAUGGAACACCUGCGCGUUGAGUCCAAUCAAGGACUCUUACUAUACCUAUUCGCCUUCAACUAAGGGAAGCAGACAGUCAUUUUACUGUAAGCGCUCGAACUGCAAGGGUUCCGGACAUAGUGGAUGGGUAAAGAAAGGCAACGGUGUCUGGUAA